AUGUCUACUGAACGGAGUUCGGCAUAUGUCCGCGUUAGCGACCGUGUCGCUGUCAUCCGAUGUAAUAGCAACACUCUCAAACGCAGAAUAACACGCAGUAUGGAACGAGGCGGCCUAGGCUGGAGGGGCGAGUCAGCACGACAGAAACUUGCUGCAUCGCUCGUUACGCAUUAUGCGCAAAGUGAUAGUAGAGAAGAUGUCAACAAAGAAUGGGAGAGGGAAUUGGAGCUCGAGUUGAAUGAGGUUUACGAAAGAACCGAUAGCAUGGAGCCUCUGAGACGCGAAAAGGGAGCGGAAGAGAAGAAUACGGAGAGCUAUGUAGGAUGGCACAUCCUGAAUAGCAGGGAGAUGAGAAAGAAGAGAUUAGAGGAAGUGCAGGAAAUGUAUUUGCGCGGGGACCGUUUUGCUACUAUUAUUGGUAAAGAGCAAGAGCAAAUGCUUCGAGAUGCGCUGAGAAGUUUCGCAGAUAGCCAGCAUGGGGAUGAAGGGAUGACGUUUUCAUCACACCACUGUACUAGCGACGAGCAAGUCAAAGUAUCAGCAUCAUCGUCCAAUCCCGACUCGGAAGUCGACGAUCUAUUCUCCAACCACGCGCACUCGACAGCCGCUCUCCUCCGCAGUAACCCCGAACUCAAUACUAUCAACGAUGUCAAUAUCACAAAAAAUCAAUGCUCUUCGGAACCUUACCCCUCCUGCACACCAACCUCCCUCACCCAACCUCCUGCCACAUGCCCACCAUCAUCCCGCCGCCCCGUCACGCCCGCGCCCUCGACCGUGCAUUCAAAAUUCUCCGUAUGGCCCUCUGACCACACCAUCUCGCCUACAGUAGCGCCUUUGCAUACGAAUCAGCAUCGUGUGUCGCCCGCACUAACUUCUUGUUCUUGCCUGUCCUCGUCUGCGUCGGCAUCGUCCCGGAGCCGCAGCCGGAGCGCGAGGCGGGACCAACGGCCCCGUCACGAGAACUUUGCUGAAGAGAAGGAAAUCGAGAGUGCAAAUAAUGACGACGAUGGCAUUCCCGGACGCAAUGACGAUAAUGUAGAGUUUCCGCCCAACCACCCUUUUCACGGCCUUGUUGCACUCCAGAGACGAAGCUACUGGGACACGUUAUCUUGCUACCACGCUGGCUCGUCGCGCUCGGCUUUGAGGAAUUCUUCUUUGGUGGCGAAGCGCAGUACGGUGGUCCAGCCAAGUUCGCUUUCUUUUUCACCUGUGCGCAAGGGCUUACUGGAUUCGCUGGCGCAUCCGCAUGGGGAAACAGCCACGUCAGGCUUCGAGAGCGCGUUUAUUAGUAGCUUGAAUCCCAGAGAGAGAGGGCGGGCGCAGGACACCAUGGGUCGGAUGUCAGAAGCGACGAGUAGGGUCGUGAGGUCAGUUAGGAGCGAGGAGAGUUUUUCUACUGCAGUACGACACGAAGCGGGAGACGAUGCAAGAGGGAGAAAGAGAAGCGGCGCUGAUAGGCUUCGAGAUACAUUUGGUUGCCGUCCCGAAACAUUUACUCCAGAGUUUCCCGCGAGAGCAGUCGAGAAUGAGGUUCAGCCCCCCGAUGUGGCACCCGUGCCGAAGAAGUUCGGUAUGGCGUAUCUCGCAAGGAAAAUGCGGAAUCCCCAGACAAUUUGGAAGAGGUCAAAGGAACAGUUACGACAAGGGCGCGGAGAAGUUCAAGACGCAGAAAUAGCAGCAGAGGAAGAAACGAGAGAGCACGAUACCAGGAUCCAGAUGCAGAACAGAGAUCAAGAGCCCGAGACGAAUAUCCCAGAACCCAGAGACGAAGACACGACGAACGAGAACAACCAACCCACGAACACUCUCCCAGUUCAAAUCACAAACAACCCACAGCACACACCAGAACCCACCUCUCCAGUAUCUCCAAUAACUCCACCUCCACCUCUCCUAUUCACAUCCACACCCACAACCCCCGUCGCCGCCGCCACCGCUCUUCAUCCACCCUCCGCACCCCAAACCCCAACCCUCCUCUCAAUCCCAAAAACCCGAUCAUCCUCACAACCCGCACCCCAACCCUCCCCACACCAACGCCGCUCCGCCUCGUCAGGCUCCUCCCCUUCAAGCCUCAGCGACCGCCUGCGCACAACCCGCCUCGAAGACUUACGCUUACGCUCCGAAACAGCGCAGGAGAUUCGGAAUCUGAUGUUGGAUAUUGAUCGGGAUAGGAGGGGGAGUGGGACGUUUGGUUCUACUUCCCCUUCUCCUCCUCCUCCUCCUUCCACAUCCACCACUGCUGCUGCUGCUGCUGCCACGAGCACUACAGCACCUAUCGUACCACGACCAGCAGCCAAGACCCAAAGUGCAACAACGACACCAGAACUCCCCGGCGGCUUUACAGUAGCCGAUUCACCAGGAAGUAGUGUUAGAGGGGCGCUGGAGAGGCAUUUCAGGGUCAGGAGGGAGAGUCAGGAUGACGGUGCUGCGCGAAAUGAACUGCGCUCGCAGUCAAGUACUGCGACGUUGCCGAGGAGUUAUCGCACGCCAGAGGUACAUGAGUGA